AUGUGGGGGCGCCAAAAGAAAUCCUGCCGCUCUUUCAGCGGCUGCAGAGCCAAGUUCCGAGGUGCCUACCGAUGCCAGGGUGAUCUUCAGGAGAUCGGCAGCUGUGGCCUGAAGUGCCAAGGACCUGAGUGCGCCUUCAGCUGCCAGGGCUCGGCCUGCGCGCAGCAAUGCACAGGUGACCGAUGCGGCAAGAGCUGCCAGAGUGGCACGAGUGGCGACCAGAGUUGUGCGAAGCAGUGCAAGGGCGAAGAAUGUGGUGCCCUGUGCGUGGGAGCGACCUGCGCCAAAAGUUGCGAGGGCGACUUCUGUGCAGCGGAAAGCUGGAGGCAGAGCGAUGCAGAGCGAUGUAAUCGGGGAUGUGGAGAAAUGCGGCGCCGGCUGCAAGGGUGUGGGCUGUGCGGCAUCGUGCCAAGGCGAGAUGCCGUAGUUACCGUCACAGCAGUUGGGCCCUACAGGAGAAUCCUAGCCAUCCUAACCCAUCAAUAUUGUCAUGGCUUGUAUGCCCUUGUGCCCCAUGCGCUCUUCGGGGUGAGAACUGCGAUCAGGGCUGCACGGGGACCAACUGUGGAAAAGGCCGGAGGGUCUGUGCAGAUGAAAGGGUCUGUCCGGUCCGUGCCAAUGGCUAAGAGCAACGCCAGCGGCGACGUGCAAGGAGGACGGAUCCGCCUCGAGUCACACGCACAUGGGGCUGUGCUGAACCAAGCGACGCAGCUGAAGCGUGUUAUAGGUUUCACGGCUUGCUGCGUUUGGUCUGAGUGUGAUCUAGCCAGCGAGUUCCGUUUCUCAGACUCCCGAAUGAAGUUUCAUUUCAGCUUCGGCUUCCUCCGGUUGCUCCCGUGCUUGGCCUACAAGUUUCGCGAGCCGCACAUCCCAGCAUCGCAGAUCCAGUAUGUGCAGGAGUUGACUGUGGCCUUGCCCCUCGCGGUCAUCAACCUCACAAACUGCACACAACUUCUCCGAGAUGGAAACCUGGUAGGUGGGAACAUCACCUUCCGCGCGAGCGACUUCGGACAUGACGUGCCAUUCGUGAUGGACAAGGCCGCGGGCUUCUACGCGAUUCUGGAUGACGUCCUCAGCCGAGCGACUGAUGGAAACCCUUGUUUCCACGAGGAUCUCAGAAGCUACAUGGCCUGCAUCGUGGCGGCUUCAUGCGUCAUUCAGGCCGCUGUGCCGGCCUACGUGAGCAUGGAGGUCUACGCCAUGAUCCUUGAGCAGGUCACCCGCUUCGAAGAGAUCACCUGGCCACUGCUUCGCGACGCCUUGGACCACGAGGAGGGCAGCAGCCUCGCAAGCGACAUCCUCUUGCCGGAGGCCUUUGUAUGUGACGGAUCGGAGCAUGACCCUUCGUUCUUGCAGCUCGAUUCCGACAGCCAUGAGGCUUCGCAGCGACUCAUUUCUGAGCUUGGCACGGAGCACACGGCCACCGCAACCAUGGCCUUGGCACUUCGAGUGGCGGCCGCCAACAGUCACCAGAUCUUGGACAGCCAUGCCACGAACGGAUCCCUCGACGCCACCAUAGAAAAGCUUCAGCACGUAUGGCACCCCGUGUGCCAGCAGCUCGGAUGCGACCACACGAACUUCUGGGACAUCUACUUGCAGCACCACAAGCACAGCAUGGCGGUCAUCAAGACGAACCAUGCCGGUCUCCUCCGCUCGGACAUCAAGCUCCGCUUCCACCUCGAGCAGCGCGUGCAAAGGUCCCAAUUCCUGGACCCAGUCAUUGUCUAA